AUGGACAGUCUAAUACUGACCAAGACUAAUCUUCACAAGUAUGUCUGGAAGAGUCUUCCUCCAAGAAAUGGGAUGGAAGGUCGAGUCCGACUGCUGGCUGGAGGAGAAAUUGUUCAAGAUGUCCUUAACAGAUAUAACAAGGGCUUCCAGACCCUAUUUUUCGCAUUUCAUGUUGACCUAGCUAUGCAAAGGCCAGCUGACUCUGUGAUCAAGGUUGCAGGUGAUGCCUGGAUCAAGCUUCGCUUCCUAGUUCCAACAAUUGCUUCACUUGUUAUCCUCGAUGACAAUGACAUACCAUCCCUCCAGUACUACUCUCCAUCUACAUCCGAACUCCAAAAAUGGGUUGAUCAAACAUUUGUAGUACACCGAAAGUCAGGCUCUGUUGACCUUGGUGCUCUCCGCUCUGAGCUUGGGUUAGGUAAAGUACCGUCGGAUAACGGUCAACAAACCUGGAUGCAUCUUUCUAUUUCGGAUUCCAACACAAUCUCUUCAAUGGGGUUAAUGAUUCACACACACCACUCUCCGUUUGAUGGCACCGCAAUGAAGGUGUUGGCAAAUUUGUACUUGAAAGAGUUUGCAAAAGGCCUAAGCGGAGAGAAUGUGACCGGAGACCUGAAAUGGGGAGCUGAAGUUGAUCACUUGUUACCAGCUGCAUUCAAUGUUAUGCGCCCCACUGAACCUAUACCUAUUGAUCCCGGUUCAGUUGAGGAACCGUCCUUUGCUCAUCCAUUCUAUGCUGUAUCCCGCAGCGUGAUAGAAGCUUUUGUAUUCAAUUCGCAGAAUGGCUAUUAUCUCAAGCCCAGGGAAGGAGAUCCUGGAUGGCCUGUUACGUGGCAUGAAGAGGUUGCCUUUACCAAACAGGAAUCUGAGCUGUUUAUGCAGAAGCUCAAGGGAUCUAUGAGGCCCUAUACUGUAACUCAUGCAGCUCAUGCAGCAUUAGUUAUGGUGAACAUAUUUGACAAUCCGCCUACUCAAGAGCUAGCAUCCAGAUCUGUCAGCUGUGAAUUCAUUAUCAACAGCCGUCAGUACCUACAAGAACCUUACUCAACGCGUGAAGGCUAUCCUGGAUAUGCCCUAUCCGUCGUACCCCAUGGAUUCCCUCUGAAAAUGUUCCUUUCACCAACUGGAGAGGUGUUACCUCUCAACAAGGAGAUGCUGGUCACGCUGAUGGGACAUGCUGCAGAUAUAUAUAAUGCCCUGAAAGCAAUGCCUGUGGCAUUGAGUUUCAUGAUUCCUGCAUCAGAUAUUCUUGCACCUUCAUUGAAACAGCUGGCGGCCACUGAACAUGCACCUGAAAACGCAUUCAGACUUUCACACGAUGGGCCAGGCGAGAAAUUCCUCGAUCACACAUUCACGGAUAGCUCCAACACAGUUGAAGUCUGUUCAGUAACUAAAUUUUUCACCUCCAUCAACAGAACAGAUCCAGCGCCAUUUUUUCGGACAUCCUCAUGGGGAGGAGUCCUCGAGCUUGGUGCAGAUUACAACUCAAACAUCAUUUCUCAGAAUGAAGUGAAGGCUUACUUGCAGAAAUGGAAGGAAUUUAUGAUGUUGAUUGUUGAGUGA